CUGGGGGCAGUGGCAGACUUGCGCUUGCGCUUCAGAUUGUCGUCUGCGACUAGUGUCCGCUUGUUACAGUACGGCUGCGAAAGUGAAACGCAACGACUGUCUUGGGAGAGCACAGCCGAGAACUUCAGAAGGUGAUGUGACAAAUCCAAGGUGGCUAAUAUACCCCUACAGCCCUGAAAUUUGCUUGAAUUCCUGAAGAUGCCUUGAGCAGCAGUACACGGUAAAUGCCAUGUGACCGGUGACCGAGUAGCUUGUUUCAAUAUUAUGAAGGAUCACCAGACGUCAGUGUUUUUCUUUUCAGCCUUGGUUGAAGUUGCUGGGCGGAAUAAGGGGAUGCAGUUACAAUGCAGUUAAGCUGAAGGCAUGCAAAGAUGCAUCAGACAGCUGUCAAAUAGCCCAGGUCUGACCACGGAGCACAGCCAGAGAUCACAUGUGCUGAGUUUUUUGGAGGGAGGAAAACCGGGGAACCUACAUGUACAUGUAGAUAAGAACCCAUGUGGCACAUGAGGGAAACAGUACAGGCAAUUUACAGGAGUGUGCCUCCAAGAGUUUGCAACGGGUUGGCAAAUCACAGUUCGGGAAAUCUAUUGACCCUUUCCAAACGUGCAUUGGGUCCACAGAUUUCAGGCGUCAUGAUUGGCCAACUCGUUGCAAACUCUGGGAUGCGCACUUUUGUGAAUUGCCUGUAUAUUACUUGCACAUGGCCUACGCUGGGUAUUAAGCCUGGGUUGCAGACGAUCCAACCACGAAGGUCAUCAUGUUGCAUGCUGAAGCACCAGUACAGCAUGUACAGUACUUCAAUGAUUCCACUACACAUGCAAUCCUAAUAAAUCUAAGCAGAGUGCGAACAAGUGCCACCAUUAAAAAUGAAUUCGAAAAUGAAGUCCUUGAAAAUUAAUAAUUUUUGCAGGCUGCAUGAUUAUCUUGCAUGGGCCGUGCAGCAGUUCUUGCCCUUUUUCCAAGCAGCCAGCAAAAGUUAUGCAGACGGGGAUAUACAAUAAAUGUUGAUAACUCGAAGUCAGUUAGGUUGAAAGACCGUUUUAUCUCGUAGGCUGACUUUUUCUUGCUAAAAGAAUAUGUUUCAUGUACAAAAAUACCUCCAUAACACGAAAUGUACACACCAUUACAUUAUCUGGUUAUCUCAAAGUUCAUGUGACGCUGAUCGAAACCCUCGCCAAGUCGCUUAAAAUUAGGUAAGGGACAACUGCGAGAUCUUGGUUCAAGUCAUCACUGCCAAGUGUGACCGCCUGUGUUGCUUGCAUGCUGCAAGGCACACCCCACCCCACACCAACUGCGAAAAAUCUUGCUUUUUUGCCAUCCUGACUGCUACUGCAGACCCAUUCACGGAGAGUCCAAUCGCUGACUCUUUCUUACAGCUACCUGACCACAGAAAGUGAUGUCAUCAGAAGAACCAAGUGAAAACAAGCCCAAAAUUCUGUAGCAUGUCACGCCGAACAUGAUCGGCAAAAAGACAACAUUUGCUACACGAAGGUACAUGUACUAGGUACACAUACCAUUUAAGGGGUUGAUUUUUAUUUAAAGGUAGAAAGAAAACUUUAAGUAACAAAAAAAAAAGCUCAAUAAAAUGAAAGCUGGAAAGGUCGAUUUAAUCAGAGGCAAUCUACCCACGCAAUGCAGCAUAUCCACGCCAUGGAAUACAUACUGGGUACACCUACAUGUACACGAACAUUCUCUUCUGCUAAUAUACAUGUACAUGUAUAGUGUCACAACUUUUGCAUUAACUGGUUAACAUUAACUGCAACCCCCAUCCUUUACUUGUCAAGAUUUUGACAGUACUUAUUUACCGUAUCACAUCAAUUUAUAGAGGAAGGUGUCAUGGCUAGAGCAUAAUGUUGUUUAAUUGGUACAUGUACAGUAAAUGUGUGUCAGCAAAGAGCCAGGGGUUUUUGUGUAGGGGGAUUCUACUCCCAAAUCUCAGUUCUCUGAUAAACUGAUUUCAACUUUAUCAAUUUGAUUCUUGUCCAUACUACAUGUAGUAUCUACAUGUGUAUUUAAAUAUGAAGUGACUUUUAAAAAUUUUUGAGGGUGUUUGUGGGAAACUGGGAAUCUGUGAUGUUUUGUGAUCUGAAUGUGACACUUAAUUAAUUGUUCCAUGUAAAGUGUAAACUUAUUGGUAGACUGGCUGAAAUACAUACUUUACCAGUAGAUCCCUGUAUAUUAAUUAAUAAGAAUGUUUGUACUUCAAGAUAUUUGUAUUUCAAGAUAUGUACUUUGCAUUGGGAGUUGUUAAAAAACCCUAACCCCCAGGCCCUUUUUGCUAGGGACCCUCCUCAAUCCAUAAUCCUCCAGUUUUUUUUGGGGGGGGGGGUGAAAAAUUGGAUUUUCCCUCAACCUCCAAAAUCCUCCAAAAUUUCUCGAAUAUGUCACAUGUACUUGGAGGUAUGCCUACUGCCUCAAUCCUUCAAAAUCCUCCGGCAAUUCCUGCCAUUAUGUUGAGGCAGUGCGAAUGCCAUUUAUGAGCAGAGUGGUUGAUUGAAAAGAAAUAUUGGGCUGAAUUUACUGGUAGCAUGACUGAGCAAGAACAACGCAAGGUCUGACCCACAACCUUCACUCAUAGCAUCCUUCACAAUCAGCCAUGCACUUUUGUCAUUCACCCUCAAUCCUCCAAAAUCCUCCAAAACUGCCCAAAAGAUUUCGGAGGAUUGAAGAAGGUUAGGAUUUUAUGUACACUCUCAUUGCGUAUUUUUUACUCAGUGUUUGUUUGAGAGCUUGUGAAAAAAUUCACUCGUAAGCUUACUCAGGUGGGCAAGGGCCAAAAAACGUAAUUAAAAAUGAAAAUUGUGCAUAUUUAACUUAUGCUCAUUAUUUGUAUUAUUGGUUAGUCUGGGUCAUAAACUACACGAGUUCUAGAAGAAAACCUCAAAUAUGAAAUGAUGCUGUGAUACCAACUACCGUACCCCAGAAGAACAGAUUUUCUACACAUACAUGUACAUGUACUUACAUGUACAUGUAUUUCUCUUUGAAGUGAAGCAAAAAUGAUUGCAUAUAUUCUGAAAACAAAUGGGAAUGAAAAUUCAACAUUUUGUGAUGGUUUCCAGCAUCUGGGCAGACACUGCAUGCAGGGGCACAUGUACAAUAUCGGUCUACAUUUGUAUACACCCUUAAAGCCUUUUCAUUUUAGGGUCUGGACCAUACAAAUCAAGUGAAUAAAUCUUGUUUGACCUUUGUACAAUUUCUUUCAGAGAAAUACACCUCAAUCAGGGUGUACUGUAUGUGCACUUCACAAAAGCGCAACCGUUAUUUACAGGAUGUAGUUAUGUAUACGCAACAUGCUCUGUGGAUUACACUACCCAUGCAUGGUACAAUGUACUUUGUGUGAGUCAAAAAGUACACUGCACCCCGCUUGGAAUGUAAUGCAUCUGGCAGUAUGAAAUGAUCCAGAAUUGGAUUUAAGAUUGACUUUUGGACGAAGAAGUAGCACUUGAACUUCACUGGUCCGCAAUUUGCUUGUCAUCAUUCUAAAAGGGGAAUCUUUCUUCAAAAUACUAACAGCAAACAAAAUCUGUCAAUGUGGAAUAUUAUAUGGACUUUACUGUAGGACUCAUCUACAAGCCCAAUGGCAGGGAGGCUGCAGGAACUCUACGAGUCCCUUCCCAGCCCUACAGAGCACUGGGAGCUGUUAGAGUCAAUUGGGGAGGGUACCUACGGGGGUGUCUUCAAGGUGCGCAACUUAGAGACAGGGGAAUAUGCUGCAGCGAAGAUCAUGGAUGCCGUUACGGACAUGGAGGAGGAGAUCGAGGCUGAGUAUCAGAUCCUCAGGGACUGCUGCGACCAUGGCAACUUGCCACACUUCUUCGGUGCCUUCUAUAAAUCCACACCCAGUACCAAGCACAAUCAGAUAUGGCUGGUUAUUGAGCUUUGUGAGGCUGGUGCUGUGACAGAUCUCAUACGCAGCAUGCUGGAGAAUCAUGAGAAACCAGACGAGGAUAUCAUUGCCUAUAUUCUGAGGGAAACACUACAGGCCCUUCAUCACCUGCACAGCCACGGGGUCAUGCAUCGUGAUGUCAAAGGUCACAAUGUCCUCAUGACCUCAGAUGCGCGCAUCAAACUGAUUGACUUUGGUGUGUCUGCAGUAUUGAAAGGGCGGAGCAAGCGCAAUACAUCAGUCGGUACCCCGUAUUGGAUGGCACCCGAGGUCAUUGCUUGUGGGCAACAGCUGGAAUGCUACUACGGAACAAAAAGUGAUAUCUGGUCCCUGGGCAUCACUGCAAUAGAACUGGCUGACGGUGAACCUCCGCUGAAGAACCUACACCCAAUGCGAGCUCUCAUGAAGAUACCUAGGAAUAAGCCACCCACAAUGCAGCACCCAGCCAAAUGGUCCCUAGAGUACAGCGACUUCAUUGCAAGGUGCCUCGUGAAGGACACCGAGCAGAGAGCCAGCGCCGUGGAGCUCCUCUCUCACCCUUUCCUAACUGGUGUGCCAGGAAACAUUUCAUCGGUCAGGUCCCAGCUGGCCGGUCUGAUAGGACUGUACACAGAGACGGAUGGCCCAGCGCAUGUACCCGAAGUCACCACCAAGCACGGAAAAUUGAAUCCAGUUCGCACGCGUGGCCUCCAUAAAUCCAGCAGGAGAACCCCAGACAUGGUCAACGACUUAGCGCAACUAGAAAAUCUCACGCAGGAUUGCAUUGUCCAGCAUCUGUAUGGCCGUUACAUGAAGGGUCAGAUCUACACAUACAUCGGGGAUAUUCUGAUGGCGGUCAACCCUUACACCCAGCUGGCCAUCUAUGAUAACAGCUUUUCAGAGUUAUACCGACACGCCUCCAAACAAGCAAACCCACCCCACAUCUUUGGCAUGGCAGACAGCACCUACCAGGCACUGCUCUUUCACAACCACAAUCAGUGCCUUAUUGUCAGUGGUGAGAGCGGGGCUGGGAAGACGGAAAGUGCCAACCUGCUGGUGCAGCAACUAACUAAACUCGGAAAGGCGAUUAACCGCUCCUUGGAGCAGCGUGUCUUACAGGUCAACCCCCUCCUGGAGGCAUUCGGCAAUGCCCAGACCGUCAUCAACGAUAACUCCAGCCGCUUCGGCAAGUUCCUGGAGCUGAAGUUCACCAGCACCGGCCAGGUGAUGGGGGCGGUUAUCUCCCAGUACCUGCUGGAGAAAUCCAGGGUCAUACAGCAAGCAAAAGAGGAGCAGAACUUUCACAUCUUCUAUUACAUCUUGGCCGGUCUAGCCGAGAGCAAUCAGAGUUGUAGCUACCACCUUGAACUCAACAAGAAGUACAGGUAUCUUCACUUGGGCGACCCUUCCUCCACCGAUCCAUAUCAACUCCCUGAGCUUCAGCGGAGGUUUGAGGACAUCCACAAUUGCUUGGAGACCAUAGGAUUCACCGAUGUGGAGAUAGGAUCUGUCUACAGCAUCCUGGCUGGCAUUGUUCAUCUCGGCGAGAUCACCUUUGAGGAGGCUGAGCAGUCACAUAGCGUGGAUAAGAGCGUCAUCACAAAUUCAGCUGAUGUCCGGAAAAGCAGUGAACUCCUGGGCAUUGAGCAAGACGAUCUCGCUGAAGCUAUCACCACCAGCAGCGUGGUUGCCUGCGAUGAGACCAUCGUCCGUCAGAACACCAAGGACCAGGCCGAGGACAUCAGGGACGCCCUGUCCAAGGCCCUUUACGGGCGGCUUUUCAACUGGAUCGUCAACAGGAUCAACACGCUGCUCAAGCCCAUCGAGCAGCCGGGGGAGAAUGGCCAGCGAACCAUCUCCAUCUUGGACAUCUUUGGCUUUGAGAACUUUGCAGUCAAUUCCUUUGAGCAACUGUGCAUUAACAUCGCCAAUGAGCAGAUCCAGUUCUAUUUCAACCAGCACAUCUUUGCGAUGGAGCAGGAGGAGUACAGCGCAGAGGGCAUAGAUGCCACCAUGAUCAGUUACCAAGACAACCAGCCAUUGUUGGAUCUCUUCCUGCAGAGGCCCUUAGGUAUGCUGCAUCUGCUGGAUGAGGAAAGCUGGUUUCCGCAGGCUACCGACCAAACGCUCGUGGAAAAAUUCAACCAGAACAUCAGUGGAACUUACUACUGUCGGUCACCCCAUGCUGGGGGCUUGGAUUUUGGAAUACAACACUAUGCUGGCAAGGUCAUGUACAGCGCGGAUGGCUUCCUGGCCAAGAACCGUGACACCCUAGUCAUGGAUAUCGUCUACCUCCUGCGCUCCUCCAAGAUGCCGUUGACCAGGCUUCUCUUUGAGCAGCACCUCAACAAGACAGGGAACUUGGCGAGCACGCUGGGUCCAGUCCAGCGCAAGGCACUCCACAUGAAGGAAAAGCAGCUGUGCCGUGCCAAGUCCUAUGCACAGAUCAUCCGGGAGGACAUAACAUUUGCAGGCCCCGCGGUGGAGCGUAAUGACGAUUCUUCCACACCCAAGGUAAUAACGGCAGUGCAGAAUUCCUAUAGCUUGACCACGGCGACAAGUGGUAAUUUGGCAAAGAACAGACAAACUGUGGCAUCAUAUUUCAGGUAUUCUCUCAGGGAGCUCCUGUUUAAGAUGGUAACCAGCCAACCCCACUUCGUCCGCUGCAUCAAGCCCAACAACGACCGGGUACCGGGCCAGUUUGACCAGGAGAAGGUCCUGACGCAGCUGCGCUAUACAGGUGUUCUGGAGACCACGCGCAUCCGUCGGCAGGGCUUCUCCCACCGCAUCCCCUUCCCGGAGUUUGCUGCCCGGUACCAGCAGCUGACCUACGAGAUGAGCAGUCGGGUUGAGGGUACCCCAGCCACCUGCGAGGUCAUCCUGAAGGCAUGCGGUCUGAUGGGCUGGCUGUUGGGAAACACCAAGGUGUUUCUGAAGUAUCACCACGUUGAGGACUUGGACUGUCAGCUGGAGAAACACCACAAGUUGGCCAACUUAGUCCAGGCCAUCGUCAAAGGCUGGCUGGCCAGGGUACGCUACAAGAAACUCCUGAGCCGGAGACUGUCCAGCGCUGUCAUCCUCCAGAAAAGGAUUCGAGGGUGGAUGGCUAAGACGAAGUACGAAAGGAUCAAGUUGAGAAGAUUCAUUGCCGCUGUCAUCAUUCAGAAAGGUUUUCGGAAGCAUUUGACGAGAAAGAGAGAACAGAGGGAGCUUGCAGAGAGGCAAGAGAGAGCAGCUGUGCAAAUGCAGGCCUGCUACCGUGGCUUCAAGACAAGGCAGAGGAUCCGGGACGAGCAGAAGUUCACCAGGAUGGUAGUCGCUCUGCAAGCGGUUGCACUUUACCGGAGUGUGGAGGAAGUCUCAACCGACUGCCCAACCUUGAAGGCUCAGACUGGCCCAGUAACCUUAAGUGGGACGACGGAAGACAAUACUCCUCCAAACGUCCCUGAGGUACGCUCUGACAUGGGUGACCUAACGCCGCCCCCCCACCUUGAAAUCGGCGAGAACCCCGAAGCCAUUUACCAGACAGUUGCAAAGAAAAGCCUGAGAGGGGCAACUUCCGAGACGCUGAGAGCGUCUGCCGGUGGGACUGGGAGGAAGAAUGCAGACGGAGACAGAGAGACAAAUAACAAGAGUGCAGAGGGAUCUCGCGGGGAUCCUACAGAGACAUUCAAACCGGGGCACUCAGAGGACAGCCUGCCGUCAGGUACAGCCCACGCUCAGGAGAACUCGUGCUCAGAGAAUGUCACCUCUGGGAAGACAACGUCAGUGCCGUCAGGAGAACAGUGCGCCGUCUUGAUCCAGUCAGUUGCCAGAGGUUUCCUAGCCAGGCGGAAUGUCCAACGGAUGGUGGAGCAGCGACGGUGGAAUGCUGCCCUCCUCCUGCAGCGGUGGCUACGUAUGUGGAAGAAGCGCCGCCUCUACCAACAGCUACAAGCCUUCACUUCCCAGCAAGAGACUUGGAUGAUUUACUUCUUCUUGCAGGUGGACCACUACGGGGAAGAGUUUUAUCGGUCAGCCGAGAGAACCAACAGCCCCGUGUCCACUGGUGCCAUCCAGAUACAGAAAGUCCUCCACAGUGGCAAGACGGGGUUAUCGGAGCGGAGGUUGAAGCACCUCCACAGGUCACACGAUGUCAAGAUGCCAUUCUCGCCUGAGGACGUGUCCUACUACCACAGUUUUGGGGACGGCAGUGCCACGGACAAGGUGUACAGACGGAGUGGCCUGCAAACUGGCGAACUCAAGGAGGCAGGCUCCUCAAGUGAUAGUGACUACUACAACAGAAUAGCCAAGGAAGCCAGCCAACCAAACCCCAGCAGAACCAACGAGAACAGCAAUGAAAGUGAGUCAUCAGUUCCUGGAAUGCUUCAUGGCUUUGGUUACCAUGACACCGACGAAACACAUGAAGAUAAAUUGCCAUACAAUUUACCAAGUCAUGGACAAAAGCAACAAUCUCCAGAACACGGUGAUCGGCAUCACAGCCACUCUAACCCCACUGGGAACUCCUCUGGGAAUGCUUUGACCCAGUCAUCCAAUUCAUCCAAUGAACGUCGAUCCAGUGCUGGUGACAGGCACCAGACUGAUACUAAUCAGAGCACGGUAAGCAAUGGACUGGUAAGGGCACAGCAAGGACGACAGCAGCACCUGUGGCAAGGCGUUCUGAAGCGGCACGAACAGCAACAUCCGAAGAUUAUACCACAGCAUUCAAAGUAUGCUGUACAAGUAGAACCACAGCAACAGCAGCAGAUGUCUUGGAAUCAACCCCAGCUCCACCCGCAGCGGAAGGAGAUCCUGAGCAGGGCACGGCAGCUGCAGAGCUCGCAAUGCAACGAGCCAGAGGUCAGGCAGUCUCCGGAGCCCCAGCAACAACAGCAGCGGCAAUUUCAAAUUCGACAGCAAACCCUAGACAGUGGGCAGGCCCGUCUCAGCAAUGGGCAUGCCAACGGUUCAGUCUCGUCCAGCCAUUCCGAAAGCUCAUCCGACGGCAGGUAUUCACCCAGUGAUGCUCUAAGGAGGAAAAGUGUCAGCUUUGCUCAAGAGGGCGACUCUGGCAAACAGCAGAAGACAAAUCAGUCGUCACCCUCCAGUCAGCCAAAGCGCAAGGAAAUACUGGUCUCCAACGACGGGACGUUUGAUGUCAAAGCUCUCCUCCGGAGGUCUACUCAAAGGGCGAUUCUCUUGUCAUGAGCCUUCAACCCUUAUUUUUUAAAAGGAAAGCAACAUUAACCCUAACGGUCCCAAAUCCUCCAAUGUCAAUAUGAUUUUACAUGCACCCUAGGGGGUUAGGGUUAAUUUGUUUAAGCUCUACAUUUUGUUGACAAAGCAGGUUUGAUGCCUGUACACAAGUAUAAUUAUGACACAGCAGUCUGUGUACGAGGUUUAAUCUCAAUGCCUCUGAAUGUAUGAAGAAUGAUAUGAGAGUUUGGUUACUUUAGAUUUGGAUGACUUGAAAAUGUCAUCAGAUCCCGAAGCCUUACCAACACUUUUUUAUAUCUGUUUAGUAAUUUUUUUGUAAAGCACUGUACACAUUUAGCUCAUUAUUUUCGUACUUCACUUUGAAGCAUCCAGGGAUAUAAAAACUGGCAUUGUUGCUGUGAAAUCUUAGUAUUUGCCAGUCUGUUGUGUGGUAAAACUCCAGUGUCAUAUCCUGCCACUUUUGGUGGUAUCAGGUCACAGCUGCUUCUUAGAGGUGCGCACAUCAACACGAUGUGUGCUUUUAUCAAUUUUGUGGAAAACUUACCACUAGCAAAGUUUAAAUUGUUAGCCGAGACUCCUGAAUGUAGACCAUGACAUUUUACACUUCUCUCCUCUUUUUGAAUGAGCAUAGGUACAUUUAUUAAUAAGAUUAAUAUAACUACAAGAUGAGAUAUGCCUUUGAAAAAUCUAUGUAUGUAUAUAUUGCUGAAAUAACUCAAGUUGUUACAGAUUGAAAGUUCAAAAAUUAUAUUUAUUACUGUUAUUAGUGAAUUUCCAUGCCUUGGAAUAGAGAACCAACGUUAGCAAAAUGUUUUUUGCCUGAAAUAGAGAAGUGUAGCAGUACGUGUGAUUCACAGUAGCGUGCCUCCAAGAGUUUGCAGCGCGUUGACCAAUCACAGUGCGCGAAAUCUGUCAAGCCUUUCCAAAUGUGCAUUGGG